AAUUAAUUAAACUUUAACAAUUAAUUAAUUUAAAAAAAUGGAAACGCCGGAAGUAUUACAAAAUAAAUUAUAUUUUCUCGUUGAGCAAUUACAAAAUAUGGCAAGAGAUUUACCGCAAAAAUAUCAAAUGAGAGUUCCAUAUGAGUUAUUAUCAAGCUUGGCAAAUUGUUUAUUAAGUGAUACAAUAUUUGAAAUUGCUAAAGGAUUAAUGGAAAUUCAACACGUUACUGAACAACACAUGUAUCAACAAAGAUUACAGUUUUUAAAUAAUCAAAAAAUUCAAGACCAAGAAAUACUUGAUAGAACUGAUAUAACAGCUGAAGAAAAAGUAAGGAAAUUAAAUGAUCUUAAAAUAACCCAAAAAAAUGAUUUAAAAGAGUUUGAUAAAUCGCUUGUUCUUCAAUUGGAUGAAAAAGUAACUGAUCAACAACAAACUCUUGAACAAGCUGGAGUUCCAGGUUUUUAUGUUACAACAAAUCCUCUUGAAAUUAAAGUUCAAAUGCAUCUUUUAGAUUUUAUAUUUAGAUUAAGCAAAAUGACUAUACCAGUGUAAUAAGUUAUUUAAGGAUAUAUUUUUGAUUUAAAAGUAAUAUGAUAGUAAAUUAAUAAAGUUUUUAAAAACAAA